CCACAACCACAAAAUGGUGGCAAAACAUGUUCGGGCAUAAAUACAGAAGUAACUAAUUGCACAGUUCAUGGUGGCUGGACUGAAUGGUCUGCUUGGUCGUCAUGUUCUCAAACAUGUGGCGUUGCUAUUAAAACUCGAAGACGUAGUUGUGGAAAUCCAAAACCUGCACAUGGUGGGCGCACUUGCGUUGGCUCAGAACAUAACGAAAUGUACUGUCAACAUUUACCACCAUGUCCAAUAGCUAAACCACAGGGAGUCGAUGGCGGUUGGGGUCCUUGGGGUGAUUGGAGUGAUUGUACAGCACAAUGUGGUGGUGGAUUUCGCAUACGUCGACGUGAAUGCAAUAAUCCAAGUCCACAAAAUGGUGGACAAGAAUGUGCUGGUUGUCAUACUGAUUAUGAAAUCUGUAAUAUACAUGAAUGUGCAGAAGUGAAGAAACUUAGUUCUUGGACACCUUGGUUGGUGCAAAAUAAUGAAACUAAAGAUGGUACACAUGUGGAGCGCCGUUUUCGUUUUGCUUGCAAAGCAAUUACUAUGGAUUCAAGCUCAUUACGCAUAACUUUAGCAAAGGAAGAGUCACGAGUAUGUCGUGCUGAUGGUAGCUGUCAGCGGCAUGCAAAUGAAGAAGAAGUACCAGAUCACGUACCCGAAUGGGGACCCUGCAGCGUUUCUUGCGGGGGUGGUACACAACAUCGCUUAGUUGAAGGUAAACAACAUCGUGGAAGACAUUCACAGAGUCGUAUAUGUAACACGAGUGCAUGUCCGAUUUCUGCCAAUUUGAACGAAGUGAUUUUGGCACAUGAGUGGAGUUGUUGGACAGAUUGGUCACCUUGUUCAGUUUCUUGCGGUGUUGGUAUAAAAAGGCGUACACGCAAAUGUUUAGGUGGACAUGAGAAAUUGUGUAAUGGCCGUGCGGUAGACGAAGAAAAAUGUGAAAUGCGACCAUGUGAAGAUUAUUUGGGUUGGAGUGAUUGGAGUGAAUGGUCAGAUUGUUCAAGUGAAGGAAUUCGUUUCAGACAUCGUAAAUGUAUAGUCGAAGCGCCAGAAUCUGGUGAAUGUCGAGGAAAUGAAUUUGAGAAAACUGCCUGUGUGCCAGGAUUUUGUGAAGGCACUCAAAUGGCAUCAAGUACUACACUGGCCACUAUUAUAGCACUUGUCAUCCUUCUCUAUGUUUUAACCAUUUUUAUGACUUUCUGGUUUACUAGAAGACAUUUUAUGCCACAGGUUCCUGUGCUAAAAAACAAUACACCAACAUCGAGUUACGAUUCGUAUCCAAAUCAAUAUUCUAGCCUGCCAACAAAAGACUACGAUGUACGUCCUAAGGUUAAACGUCAGAGUAGUUUUACAGCAUGUUCACCAUCUAAACACCUGAAUACUGGGACCUUAAAUCGUAAUAAUAUGAACCACAAUCACACUCCAAAGGUGCUUGCCAAAACCUAUAACGACUGCGAAACGGGCACUUUAAAAAGGAACUCCCAUGCAUUAAAUAAUUACCGCACGAACAUUGAUGACGAGAAAUUUUAAUUCAGAGUAUAGUUUUAAUGAAUACUACAUAAACUUACUGCCUUUAAAUGUAUUUCCAUUUAACAACUAUUUAAGUAUCUCCUUGUGCCAUUACUGCCAAGAAGUCUAUAGGACAAAAAUUUUACCUAUUUUCGAUAUUCGUGAAAUUUGUUAAUUUUUGUUGGCUUAAUUUAACAUUA